AUGAAUAGAAACUAACAAUAUACAAUGUAUUCUAUUUACUAAUUUAUGUAUUUUUCUAAUAAAGCUAUCCUAUUUAAAUUCAUAUCUGUUAAAUCAUACAAACAUUACUAAUCAGGGAAAAUUUAUUUUAAAAUCUUUCUGCAUUUCAGCAAAAUAAUGCUGUUGCUUUGCUUGCUCAUUUAAAAAGGAUAUGAACUUUUAAAAAUCUAUCUAAUUAAUAAGAGUUUGUUUUUAUAGAGUUGUAUAUUUUAAUCUAAAAUCUAUCUUGAUCAAAUGCAGAAAAAAUAAACAUUAAAGGGUAUUAAAUUAAAAAUUUAAUUUUUUUGCUCCACCAUUCUGCUCGCAUCAAAAAAAAUACGAUUUACUUAAAUUUCAAACAUCUAUCUUAGGAUUAUCAAGAGUAGAAAAUUUAUAUUCAUAAAGGACUAAUAAAAAUCUGCUUAAAAUAUUAAUUAAUUAGAGGCGAUUAGUAGUUAGUUGAUUAGUUAGUUAUUCAUUAACACAGUUUCUUUUUUUUUCAGUAAAUUGGUUGAGAGUCGGUCUCUAAUUGCAUGUUUUUGA